AUGGCGCCGUCGUUCUUCAACGCCGAGAAGUUUACCUUCCUCGAUUCCAAGAAUGACCGCUAUCUCGAAUGUCGCGACGACAACUCCAUCAAGUCCGUCUUCAUGCCCGAGGUUGUGACCGAGUACCUCGAGCGUUGGCCGGAGGACGACGUUCCCGAAGUCGAGUUCGAGCGCUUCAAGACGAAGAGCGGACGUUGGAGCAAGAAACGUCCUGCUGGUGCUCCUAAGCCUUUGCGUGAGCGCAUCUACGAGUAUUACAACAACGCCAACCGCUCUACUCGUCGUGGUACCCGGGGCCCUGUCCUCGCCACCGGGCUGACGGCUGCCGCGUCCGUCGUCGCUCUGCUCAAGAAGCCUAACCGCAAGAAACCCCUCGAGCACCACUUCUCAAAGGCGUUCUUCGACGCCAUUGUUCGCCAAGGGAUGGAGCCGUACUCCGACUACGUGGCGAGGCAGAAGGCUGCUGGGAAGCCAGUCAAGGCGCUAUGCACCUGGCGCGCGGAAGUUACGAAGGCCGCCUGGAUUGCUGCCCCCGGAGGCGUCAAGGCUGCUGUCCAUGUGCUCAAAGAGCUUUCGGAGAUGUCCUUUGCCCACAUCGACACGAUGGACGCCGCCUCUCGACGUGCCUACGAGGACAGCAUGGCGGAGCAGAUCACGCGCGUCGUAGUCAAGGUCCUCGUCAGCGCGAGUUCUGGCAACGACGAGGACGAGGACGACGCCGAGGACGCCGAGGACGCCGAAGACGAGAAUGUUGACGCCGCACUUCUCAGCCUUUCCCCGCAGCUCUUCGCGGAUGCUCUGCAUGCUCUUCGUCAGCUUGCGCGCAGCGAUGAGGACGUUGACGCGGAGGACGAUGCGCACCUGGCUAGCGAUGACGUCGCUCGUCCCUCUGCCGCCGCGGAUGACGCAGCCGCGAACACUACCGCCGUCGGUACCGGCCCUGAAGACGACAUGCAAGACGAGCCCAUGCCUGAUCCCAUCCCUGACGAAGAGCAGCUGGCGGACAGGGACUCGCACGACUCUAUGGACGUGGAUGAACCAGUCCCCGCCCCCAACGCCAACGCGCCUUCGCGCGCGGAACCGCCUUCACACGCCGACACGCCUUCUCAAGCUGUACCUCCCAGUCCCACCAUCGCUGGAGCGUCGCUCGCUCGCACCGCCCAGUCCCAACACCCUGAGGAAGUUCCCGCUGGCGCCGGGCCUCCGAAUCAGUCAUCCCGGAGCGGCGACGACAUGCGAGCUGCACUACAUGCUGCCGCGCUGGACGUAUUCCGGGUAUAUUCUGAGGAGCGCGAGACAGAGCGCGAGCACGCCCUGAAGGCUCUUCCUGGAACCUUGGCUCAAUUCUGUCGCGGAGUCUCCGCGCUGGGCCUAUCGAUCAGUAUCGCUGUCGGUGGCCCCAACUCUGACGGCCAAAUGGAGUCGAUGCACUGCCAUGGUGCCCCCGACGAGAAGUCGACGUUGUACGGCGUGAACCCUGAGUUCUUCGAGAAGACCGUCAUGGGCGCGUUCGAUCAGAGUCUGGAGAAGGCGUUCGCUGUGGGCGCGGCCCCUGGGCACAAGAUACCCGGCAAUGGCGUCGUCGUCACCGUGCAGGACGGCAAAGCUCGUGUGCUGAAGGACGACAACCCCGAGCAAGCGCGGCGCCCAAAGAACGCUUCGCAUAACAAGACGCCGGCCACGGAGACGGUGCGGAGGAAGCGGUAUGGUGGGGGGAAGCCAGAGGUCCAGUCGCAGGCACCCGACGCGGAUGGGAAAGAGGAAGGCGUCAAGCUGAUGAAGGUCAAUAAGCGGAAACGGCGUCAUGUGAAGCGCAGAGACUCCGAGGAGCCUGAAGCGCACCUGUCUGACGCCGAGUAUGUCUUCGUUCCGUCUGGCGGCAAGGGUAAGGGGAAGCAGCACGACGAGUGGGAUAGCGACGCAAACGAGACGGACGUCGAGGAUUCCUCGGAAAGCUCGGAGGGCGACUCUGAUCCUGAUACGUCUGACUUCGCAUCCGAGCCCAAGCGCCCGCGCCCACAAGGCCGGUUGACUCAAGAGCAGUGGCAAGAACGCGCGGAGAGGAAGCUGCAAAGACGCAAGCAGCGCAAGGCUGAGUACCUGGAGGCGCGCCAGAUGAGACAUGCGAUCAAGUUGUCCAAGGCGACGAAGAUGGCGGUCGAAGUUGAACCUGCUAACAGGGCUUCUACAUCCAACACACGCUCCUCGACGCGUCUCUCGCAGCCUUCCACACAACCCUCUAGUCGUGGAUCCUCUCCGUUCUACGCGCCUUCCCCGACCUGGUCUGAUAACAUGCGUGUUAUCUACGGCGCAGACCAGGGCGGGGUUCCGGUCACCGGCGGCUUAACUGUGGGUGGCAUGACAGCGCAAUCCGACGCGCCUGGCCCUAUACCGACUACACACAAGAAUCCGCCUGUGACCCUCCCGCCGGAACCUUCGCCAGAGCCACAAAUCGAUCCCGUUCUUCUUGCUCUUCCUACGCCUGUACCUGCGCCCGCUCCUCCGGAAGCGACUCUGGCCGUGGCACCUGUUCCCACGUCCGCCGAAACCACAGGCGAUGCGCAAGCUGAGCAGCCCGCUGAGCAGCCCGCUGAGCAGCCCGCUGAGCAGCCGGUCGAGCAGCCGGUCGAGCCAUCCGCCGUCCCACCCACCGAGCCGUCCGCCGCGCAACCCGCCGCGCAACUCGCCGCGUUACCCAUCGAGCCGCCCGCUGAGCCUCCCAUUGAGCCCCCCCUUGAUCUCGUUCCCGCAGCCGCGAGUGCGCCCGCGCUCACACAGGCUCAAUUCGUCCUUGUGCAAUAUCAGACUAUGACGGUUGGAGAGUGCAUCACGCACAUUUCUGGUCUGGAGGGAAGGAACGCCGAGCGCGCGUAUCUCUGCGAUGCUCUGCGCGCUCUCGCGUCGGCGAGCGCGAGCUCGGAGUGGGCCACGCUGCUGAAGCUUUACGCCAUGCAUGAGAUGGUAUUGGGAUAUCCAUCGGGCUCGAACCCGCUUCACAAACUCACAACGACGUCGCGCCCAAAGGAAGUCCCGUACUGGAUCGCUCGGAAGCGCAUCUACAACAAACCGCCAACGAUCGCGGAACCUGAGGAUUACGCCGACUCCCUGCGCGAGUGGUAUACAGCCUCGAUGCCCGCUUGGCGCGUCGGCCAGCUCGAGUGGCCGCUCCUGCGCCGAGCUCAAGACGGCGACUCAGACUGGUCGGGCCAUCGGCGCGGUGGUGCUAACGGGUUUAGCAUAUUCAUUAUCGCGCUCUCGUGGCUCGUCCAGCUCGGCAAGAAUCCCGCUCUCGCAGCUCAAGCCGCAUCGAUUGUGGAGGAUCUGACGUGGUCCUUGGCCGCGAUGCACGGUGCAACACCUAUGACUAUAUAA